GUUAUCUCGCAGAAUAAGAGGGAGAGGCGAUUGGUGCGUGCAAGAGUUUUGCAUUCGCUCGAAAUCGGCGCCCGCUUCGGAUCAGGAGCAGCUCGCGCGCGAAUCCUCAAGGUGACCACGCCGACGCGGCCCGAGCAUUUCCCCGGAGGCUGCCGAGCUGCCACGGUGCAGCGGGCUCGCGAGUGCGGCAGACGUGGUUGCUUCUCGGUUUGUCUCCCCCGCUCCCCUUCCCCUCCCUUCCAGCUUGUACGGUCUGCGCGUCUCCUUUCCUUCGGCCGCCGCCGCGAUGAUGCUAUUGAUUUCUGCUUCCCACGCGCUGCCCUCUCGCUGGCAGACCCCAUCUUGAGAUCACUGAAGGGGGAGCGAAGGCUUAUCGCCGCUGCUGCUGGAGGACGAGAGCGCGCGCGCGCCCUGACUUCUUCUUUCCCUUGCUGUGCAUCUCCGACAGGCUCAUGGUGAGGAUCAGGGCUCUCCUCUUCUGGGCUCUGGUGUACAGCUACUGUGGUCUUUGCGCCUGCAUCGAGCUGCUGAAACUUUUGUGGAGCCUCGGCACCAGGCCAGGCAAGACCUUCCAGUGGCUAAUCCGAGAGAACCCGCCGGGAUGUCUCAGUGACCCCUCCCUGGGCACUCACUGCUAUGUCAGGAUCAAGGAUUCUGGGUUGAGAUUCCACUAUGUAGCUGCUGGAGAGAGGGGUAAACCUCUUAUGCUGCUUCUUCAUGGCUUUCCAGAAUUCUGGUACUCUUGGCGACAUCAGAUGCGAGAAUUCAAGAGUGAAUAUCGAGUUGUGGCCUUGGAUUUGAGAGGUUAUGGAGAAACAGAUGCUCCUGCCCACCGAGAGAAUUACAAACUAGAUUGUCUGAUUACAGAUAUAAAGGAUAUCUUGGAGUCUCUUGGAUACAGCAAGUGUGUGCUGAUUGGUCACGACUGGGGUGGAAUGAUUGCCUGGCUAGUUGCUAUUUGUUACCCAGAAAUGGUGACAAAGCUUAUCGUUGUUAAUUUUCCACAUCCCUCUGUUUUUACAGAAUACAUUCUAUGGCAUCCAUCACAAAUGAUUAAAUCUGCCAACUACUAUUUCUUCCAAAUGCCAUGGUUUCCUGAACUUACGUUUACAAUAAAUGAUUUUAAGGUGUUAAAAAACUUCUUUAACAGCCAUUCUAGUAGAAUUGGAAAGAAAAGCUGUGGGUUAACAGCAGAAGACAUUCAAGCUUAUCUUUAUGUAUUUUCCCAACCAGGAGCACUAACUGGUCCUAUUAAUCACUAUCGAAAUCUUUUCAGUUGUCUGCCUCUGCAGCAUCAUGAAGUCACCAUGCCUACUCUGUUGGUAUGGGGAGAAAAAGAUCCUUUUAUGGAGGUUGAGAUGGCAGAAAUUACAAGGAUUUAUGUAAAAAAUCAAUUUCGACUUACUGUUCUGUCUGAAGCCAGCCAUUGGCUCCAACAAGAUCAGCCUGACAUCGUGAACAAGUUGAUAUGGACUUUUCUAAAAGAAGAGUCAAGAAAAAGAGAGUGACGCUUUUGACAACACAACUGAAAUGUUAAAAGAUCAAAGUUAAAUGUGAUCAGGGCUACAUUAACAGCAAACGUUAGACUGAGCUAUGCUAGAGAAAAUGUUUUCAAUGUACUGUAUAUAUUGAUGCCAAUGUUCUUACCAGGGUGGUGUAAUACUAUGUAACGUUAAUGUUCGUUUUGACUGUAUUGUGUAUUUUGCACAUGAAACACUUGCCUUAAAAUAUUUGUGCUUGUACAGUAAGGAACUCAUAGAAGGUUGCUUUGUUUUGGUUACUUACUUGCUUUAAGAUGUGUGGUGCCUUUUAUGAAUUUAUAAUUAUCUCAAUGCAGGGGUACCAGUUAUAAAAGAAAUUAUUAUUGGUAAGAUGAUCAAUUUUCAUUCUACUGGUUGGAAUUUUUUUAACUAUAUUUUUAUCAUUAAAAAUGUCAACAGAUCUUUUGAUCUAUUUAUAAUUUUAGAAGUUUAAAAAUGUUGGGGCACACUGGAAAUCAAUCAGAUAUAAUCAUAAUAAAUUGAUUCUUGUGCAGUGGUAUAAAUUUUAAAAAUCUAAUGUGUGCACACAGUAUUUCAAAAACUAUAAUAGAAAAUGAAGAACUGCAAUCAUGACUUAUGUAUCCUAGUCUUGUUCUAAUAAACUGCAACUGGCAUUGUGCCCUGUAUCUUCCUUUUUAUUGUGAGAUUUCUGUAUAUAUGAGAGAAGAGGUGGACCAUUACCAAUCCAUUAAUAAUUAACAGGUUUAUUUGGUCACUAUCACAAUUACUAGCUUCUCUAAUUUAUUGCUACCAUUUUUGUCUUUUAUUUUUAAAAAUAAAUGGAAAGAUUUCCUGAGAUAACCAAUUAAGACCAAAAGUCUAAAAUGGAAUAUUCUAGAAACUAAGUCUUAACUAAGUGUGAUGACCUUUAGUUGUGUCUACACAUCUUUAUGACCGGUCUACAAACAUGACACAUAAUGAAAGACUCAGAGACAUUUAAAUUCCAAUGGUAUAUAUCUAGAACAAAUUUUGAAGUACUGUUUUUCUCAGAACAUUCAAAACUUGUUUGGAACUUAAUGCAGAGAGUAGCUAGGCCAUCACAUAGCUCAGUUCUAAGAUAAUGGAGGACAUAUUCAUGAAUUCAUUCUCUAAGAAGUUCAAGACUUCUUAGCUAAAGUGAGGCAUUAAUCUUUCUGCUGGUGUUGCUGUGAAAUCUCGAGUUGAAACUACAGUUGGAACUAACAAUAGCUGACAGCUUUUCCCACCCUUGCUACCUCCACCUCUUAGAGAUAGGAUCACAGCAAGAGACAAGCUCAGUCACCAAACCUUGUAAAUGCAAGAUUAAAAGUAUUCAAAAUA